AUGCCCACCGGCGGCGAAGUCCACGUCACGAAAUGGGAGUCCAUCGGCUCUGAGGCCAGUGGUGCCCAAACCGAAGGCAUGAUCCGACAGAAUGCAAUCGUCGGGCUAUCUGAUCAGCUUUGUGGCACGGUCAUGAUAGCCAAGCCCCACAGUGCGAGCGCUAUACAUCACCACGGCAAGGAGGACACACUCAUCUACGCCGCCCGCGGCCAUGGCACCAUCGUCAGCGACAGCGGCGCAAAGCGCCAAGACCUUAGUCCCGGGGACUUCGCGCUGAUCCCCGCGUGGACCGAGCACCAGGAGGUGAACGAUGGGGACGAAGAGGUGUUUUGGAUCAUUUGCCGAGGCGGGCGAGAGCCCAUUGUUGAGAAUCUUGAGGGAUGGGGCAAGAGUUAG